AUGCAGCAAAUGAAUUCAGCAAGCUUAUUGCAAAUGUCAUCCAAGCAAUUGAAAAACUAUAUCCGAGCAUACAAUCUAUCAGCAAAGGCAGCCAUUGAGAAGGAUGAUCUUGUACGCAUCAUCUUGAAUACCCGACCUAUAUCCAAUGAUAGCGAAAUCUAUUACAGAAAUCAUCGUCAUGAGCAACUUCCAAUAUCACCUCCUCAAGGAAACGACACCGGCAGUAAUGGUGCAUCAUCCACUAUAUCUCAAAUGUUCAAUGAUCUCUUCAGCGGUGGCGGUGGUGGGAGUAGCAGCAGUAACAGUGGUUCAAAUAAUGGACAAAGGGAAGCAGAGCGUCAACGACGUCAACAAGAGGAGAGGAUUCGACAACAACAACGUCAACGACGUAUGGAGGAGGAGAGAAUCCGACAACAACGGGCUCAUGAACAACAUCAACGACGCCAAGAAGAGGAGAGGAUGCGGCAACAACAAGCUCAUGAACAACAACGCCAACGACGUCAAGAAGAGGAAAGGAUCCGACAACAACAACAACAGCAAUCAACGCGUAAAGAAGAUACCGUUUCAGUGGAUGAGAUGAUUUUAUCCAAAAUGGAUCCAAAAACAUUAUCCGUCAAGACACUCAAAGCUAUUUUACGAGCGAAUUUCGUCGAGCAAUCGCAUGCUUUGGAGAAAUCGGAUUUGGUAUCUCGUGUCCAGUGGUUGAUUGAUGAACGACGAAAGGAAUUAUCAGCCAACGACCAAGCACCUGUGAACGAUGAUUCAUUGUGCCGGAUAUGCUGCGACGCUCAACAAAACUGCGUCUUUUUGGAUUGUGGCCAUAUGGUGACAUGUAUGGAUUGCGGAAAACAGCUUGUUUCGAGCAAGAAUGAAUGUCCCAUUUGUCGUGAACCAAUCCUCAAGCUUGUCCAUGUUUUCCGCUCAUGA